AUCGAGUCAAUUAGAAUAAUAGAGACAGCAUACAGAACCAGGAUGACUUUCAGUGUGUGGUUGUUAGUGUGUUUCUGUGGUUUAACUUUGGGCCAGAAUGUUUUACCUCAAACAGAAGUCGCUACUGAAAUCGGGUCAUGCUUUCCUGAUAUGUGUAAGUUCCUCAAAGAGUUUGGAGCCAUGAAAGCUAAACUAGAAACUGUGGAAACAAAUCUGAAAGAGAAAAGUGAAGCCUUGGAAACAAAGCUGAAAGAGAAACAAGAAGUCAUGGAAACGAGGCAGAAGGAGACUGAAAACCAGGUUCUAGAACUGAAGAAGAAAGAUGCAACCAACAUAGCAUUUAGUGCUGCAAUUGGUGGCAGUGGAAGCAAUGGACACAUUGGACCCUUCAACACAGACACAACCAUAAUCUACAGAAAACUAAUAAUCAAUGUGGGCAAUGCCUACAAUCAGCACACAGGUAUCUUCGCUGCACCAGUUCCAGGCAUAUACUACUUCACCUUCUUUUAUCAUGCUGUUGGAACACAAGUUGUCAAUCUAUCCCUGAUGAAGAACAACGAGGAAGUUGUGACAACCUAUGACCACAAAACAUCACAUGAUGUGGCUGAUAAUGGAGGCAAUGCAGCUUUGCUGCAACUGCAACAAGGAGACCAAGUGUACGUGCGGAUGCAUGCGAACAGUCACGUCUGGCAGAACGAACAAAUCACCACCUUCAGUGGUGUUCUUCUGCGUCAACUCUGAAAUAAACUAUAUAUGCUACGUGUUACGACCCGCUACCCUCACCCUGGCUCGUUCUUAGUUCCUUUAUACAGAUUACGGGGAAGAGGGGCCGCAACAUUAAGUGCGUAAUGUUUUCCAACCAAAAGAAACCGAGAAAAAGAAACAAAAGGGCACCUGACGGAACACACAGUGUGGUGGGGCUUACCUUAAACGUCCAAUCCGUAGGUUACGUUCCUCAAUCCAGAACUCAUCCAUGGAGAAGGCCAGCCCUCGCGAUUCUUCAUACGUCAGGCGUUUUGUUUAAUAGUUUUUAUGUUUUCUUUGUCUUUAAAUAUGUAGAUAUAUAUAUAUAUAUAUAUAUAUAUAUAUAUAGAGUUUUCUUUUCUCUUUUCCUUAAAACAUCCGCACCUCUGGUGAUUUCAAUGGUGGUUGGUCUUGGCAGGCGUGUAACUUCCCCGGUGCUUGAAUUCCUAGCGUCCAGCCGGUUUUCAAAACAAAAGAAAAUAAAUAAACAAAUCCAAACAAACGAAGAUAAACUUCCUCCCGGCCAAAACUUCCGACGCUCCCCUCUGGGUGGAUCCGUCCCGAGGUGAAGGUACUCUUUUCCCAGAGCCUUCCCGCAGCGUUUUAAUCAAUUUUUCUUUGUCGAACUCCGCUGCUACCGCAGCUUUUCAGACGCCACCAUCACUCAUCAUUUUUCAGGUGCGCCACCAGCCCAACUAAAACACCUGGGCUGGCUAAGCCCCGCCCCCCACCGGUGAACCGUCAAAGGUGCCAACAAUAAAACAAAAAUAAACAAUCAGGAGGCGGAAGCAAAGUACGAGCAUGUAACAUACGCUACUAUACGCUCAACGUAUAAGCUUUUUAAUAAAUUUCUUGUCUCCAAACUAAAUUUACUGUUAA